GGCGAAGCGUGCGCAUCAUCCCGAAGACACAGAGUCCAUCGUCGAGAGAGAAGCAGAGGAGAUGGGGGCGCAGCGGCAGCAGCAGCAGCAGCAGCUUUGCGUGGUGUUCCUGGUGGCGCUCCUCGUCGUCUCCACCAUGAACGCUGUCCACGUCGACGCAGGGAGAGCGCUGGCGCAGGUGAGCUACGGAGCCCUGAACCCCGGCGGCACGCCGUCCGGGCCUCGUGGCCUGCCAUACUCUGGCCACGGGUGCACCAAAAUCUACGGGUGUAACAAAUCACCUCCUGGUGAAGCGCCAUGAUCAGUACCACGAAUAAUCUCCGGCGCAGUUAAGCCAUAAUUACAUGGCGGGGCGGGUGUGUGUGUGUGUUUAUGUACCGUGAUCUAAGUGCGUGUCAAUAAUGGGGAAAAGAUAUAAUUAAAUAGUUUCCCAAUAUCUCUAUUUUCUUCAAUAAUUAUUGAUUUGUUCCGAUAUUUGACCUCAACUUUCUUAAAAUAAAGGGAGAGUUUCUGCUCUCCUAGAACGUUAUUUGUA